AAAUACCCAUCAAAUAUACACAUAAUUUAUCGAGUGGCCAAUCACCAACACCGUGUAACUAUGUUUCCUAUCGGCCCCGUCACAGCCUUCUUUUUUUUUUUUCCCCAUUCAUCCUCACUUUUUUUUUUUUGCAUCGUCUGUAUUUUUUUGUUUUUCAAAAAAAUACACACACAAUUACAUUAUAUAUAAUUUUUUUUAAAAAAAAUUAAAUAUAUAAAAAAGAAAAAAGAUACUCCUUUUCUUUGUUAUGAAGCGUUCUACAACUGGCGAUUUUUCAAAGAAUAAAAAAUUGUGUCUUUCGUCCUCACCUAAUAAUAAUACAACAAAUAAAAUGGCCACUACGCUGGAGCAGCUAAAAGAUAUGGUACUACACCUUGACAAAGGUGAUCUUGACUACUGUAUCACACAACCUAUACCAGAUGAAGAAGACGAAGACAUUUCAAUAUUACUACAUAAAGCUUUAAGAAGUAUAGCACAACGUCAAUUAAAACUAGAAACAGAGAAUAAACGCUAUCGAAUAGCCAUUAAACAACAACACCAUCUGUUAACACAUGAUACCGAAGAAGAAAAAGAACCUGUUGUAAAUAUAAAUAAAGUUAUUGGAACCCCUGAGGAUUGCAUUUCUUCUUUUCGUGAAUCUCCAAUGUUGGAAAAGCUACAGUUAUCUUCUGAAUCUUGCUCAAAAGUAACUGAACAAGUAUGCCAGGAUUGUGUCGAUCAAGCAGUUCAAGUAGCCUUGGCUGUUCAUAGCGGCAAAUUAGACCAACGUAUCACCUGUAACCAUCAUCUCUUAAACACUGACAACUCUCCUACAAAUUCUUUAAAAUAUGCUGUAAAUUCUAUGGCCGACCAACUACAACGCAUAACCAGUAAUGUACUAAAAGUAGCUCAUGAAACAGCUGUUGAUGGUAAAUUGGGCGUGCAGGCAGAAUGUGAUGAUAAUAUGGAAGGUGUUUGGCGUGAUUUUAUUUUAAAUUUAAACAGCAUGACUAGAAAUCAUUUGGAACAAGUUAGAGAUAUUGCCGAUGUGUCAACUGCUAUUGCUAGAGGUGACCUCAGUAAAGCAAUGACGGUUCCUGUUUACGGAGAAACUUUAAUUCUUAAAAAUACAUUCAAUACCAUGGUUAAUCACUUGAACUUAUUUGCUUCAGAGGUCACUCGUGUGGCUCAUGAGGUUGGUACCGAAGGAAAAUUAGGCGCACAGGCCAAAGUUGCCGGUGUCGACGGCAUUUGGAAAGAACUUACCGACAAUGUAAAUACAAUGGCAACAAAUUUGACGAACCAAGUAAGAGAUAUCGCCCAUGUUUCAAAAGCGGUUGCCCGUGGUGAUUUAUCAAAGAAAGUCAAGGUUGAAGUCAAAGGCGAAAUGCUCGAUUUAAAGAAUACAAUUAAUACAAUGGUGGAUCAGUUGUCUACAUUUGCUGUCGAAGUGACACGAGUGUCCCUCGAAGUAGGCACAGAAGGAAAACUCGGAGGCCAAGCUGUCGUCAAAGACGUUGGUGGAACAUGGAAAGAUUUGACAGAUAAUGUCAAUAUGAUGGCUAAAAAAAUUACAAGCCAAGUGAGGGAUAUUGCUGCUGUAGCAAAGGCUGUCGCUGAAGGAGAUUUGACAAAGAAAGUGAAGGCCAAUGCGCAGGGUGAAGUACUCGAACUUAAGAACACAAUGAAUCGAAUGGUUGACCAGUUGACGAAUUUCUCGGCCGAAGUCAGGCGUGUCUCACUAGAAGUGGGUGUGGAAGGAAAACUAGGCGGGCAAGCGGUUGUGACAGACGUGGGUGGUACUUGGAAGGAUUUGACAGAUAAUGUCAAUUUGAUGGCAGCCAAUCUAACAACACAAGUGCGGUCAAUUGCAGAAGUCACCACAGCUGUCGCUCAGGGCGAUCUAUCAAAGAAAAUUGAUGUCGAAACACGGGGUGAAAUUCUCGACCUUAAAAACACUGUCAACAAUAUGGUGGAUCAAUUACGAGUCUUUUCGACCGAAGUCACCCGUGUAGCCAAAGAAGUCGGCACAGAAGGAAAAUUAGGCGGCCAGGCUGUCGUCAAAGAUGUUGCCGGUACCUGGUUUGAAGUUACUAGAAAUGUCAAUACCAUGGCUUCCAACCUGACAACCCAAGUGCGUUCUAUUGCUGUUGUGACAAAAGCUGUUGCUAACGGUGAUCUUUCAAAGAAGAUUGAAGUCGAAUCCGGUGGCGAGAUAUCUGAAUUAAAAAAUAUAGUCAACGAUAUGGUUGACCAGUUACGUGUGUUUGCAUCUGAAGUUACACGAGUUGCUCGAGAAGUAGGAACCGAAGGAAAACUAGGUGGUGAAGCAAUUGUUCCAAAAGUGAGUGGAACCUGGAAAGAUUUAACCGAUAAUGUCAACACGAUGGCUGCCAAUCUUACGACUCAAGUACGAUCUAUCGCACAGGUUACGAAAGCUGUCGCGAAGGGUGAUCUAUCAAAAAAAAUUGACGUCGAGACUCGAGGAGAAAUUUUGGAUUUGAAAAAUACUGUAAAUAGUAUGGUGGAUCAACUGAAUGUCUUUGCAUCCGAAGUAACUCGUGUGGCAAAGGAAGUAGGUACAGAGGGUAAGCUAGGAGGUCAAGCUCUAGUGCCCAAUGUCGAUGGUACAUGGAUGGAUUUGACUGAUAAUGUCAAUCAAAUGGCUGCUAAUCUUACCUCCCAAGUCCGUUCCAUUGCCGAAGUUACUAAAGCUGUUGCUCUUGGUGAUCUUUCCAAGAAAAUCGAAGUUGAAUCUGGUGGCGAAAUUCUCGAGUUGAAGAAUAUUGUAAACGAUAUGGUUGAUCAAUUGCGUGUUUUUGCGUCAGAAGUCACUCGUGUUUCGAAAGAAGUAGGCACGGAGGGUAAAUUGGGUGGUCAAGCGGUGGUUCAAGGCGUGGCUGGAACAUGGCACGAACUAACGGAUAAUGUCAAUAUCAUGGCUGCCAAUCUAACAAACCAGGUUAGAUCCAUUGCCGAAGUUACAAAAGCUGUUGCUCUUGGCGACCUGUCCAAAAAAAUCGAGGUUGAAUCCGGGGGCGAAAUCCUAGAACUAAAGAAUAUUGUCAACAGCAUGGUGGAUCAAUUGAAUGUGUUUGCUUCAGAGGUCACCCGAGUGGCUAAAGAGGUCGGUACGGAAGGUCUGCUUGGUGGACAGGCGGUGGUGCCAAAUGUCGGUGGUACCUGGAAAGAUCUCACGGAAAAUGUCAAUCACAUGGCGGCCAACUUAACUAACCAAGUAAGAUCUAUCGCCGAAGUCACCAAAGCCGUUGCAAAUGGUGAUAUGAGUAAAAAGAUUGAGGUUGAAUCUGGUGGUGAGAUUUUGGAGUUAAAAGACACCGUUAAUAACAUGGUGGAUCAACUCAGAAUUUUUGCUUCUGAAGUUACUCGAGUGUCUAAAGAAGUAGGCACGGAAGGAAAGUUGGGUGGCCAGGCUGUAGUGAAAGGGGUGGCCGGUACCUGGAAAGAUCUAACAGAUAAUGUCAAUAUGAUGGCCGCUAAUCUAACGACUCAAGUACGUUCUAUUGCUGAAGUGACUGAGGCAGUUGCGCUUGGUGAUCUAUCCAAAAAGAUUGAAGUUGAAUCGGGUGGUGAAAUUCUAGAGUUGAAAAAUAUCGUCAACAGCAUGGUAGACCAGCUACGUAUUUUUGCAUCCGAAGUUACACGUGUAUCGAAAGAAGUAGGCACAGAAGGAAAGCUUGGUGGACAAGCUGUUGUACAAGAUGUAGCAGGUACUUGGUUUGAACUUACAAGUAAUGUCAACAUUAUGGCAGCAAACCUCACCAAUCAAGUACGUUCCAUCGCCGAAGUUACCAAAGCCGUCGCACUAGGUGAUUUAUCCAAAAAGAUUGAGGUCGAGUCAGGUGGCGAAAUUCUAGAACUCAAGAAUAUCGUGAAUGACAUGGUGGACCAACUUCGUGUCUUUGCUUCUGAGGUUACUCGUGUUGCCAAAGAGGUAGGCACUGAAGGAAAACUUGGUGGACAAGCUGUGGUACCAAAUGUUGGUGGCACCUGGAUGCAUUUGACAGAUAAUGUAAACCAAAUGGCUGCCAAUCUUACAUCCCAAGUCCGUUCUAUUGCAGAAGUUACCAAGGCCGUUGCUCUUGGUGAUCUUUCCAAGAAAAUUGAAGUCGAAUCGGGCGGAGAAAUCCUCGAGUUGAAAAACAUUGUGAAUAGUAUGGUGGACCAAUUAAAUGUGUUUGCAUCCGAGGUAACUCGUGUGGCAAAAGAAGUAGGCACUGAAGGCAAACUGGGUGGUCAAGCCGUUGUACCCAAUGUAGGUGGUACAUGGAUGGAUCUUACCGAUAACGUAAACCAGAUGGCCGCUAAUCUUACAUCUCAAGUCCGUUCUAUCGCCGAAGUCACAAAAGCUGUUGCUUUAGGUGAUUUAUCUAAAAAGAUCGAAGUUGAAUCAGGCGGUGAAAUUUUGGAGUUAAAAAAUAUUGUCAACAGUAUGGUUGAUCAACUUAAUGUGUUUGCGUCCGAGGUAACUCGUGUUGCUAAAGAAGUAGGCACUGAGGGUAAACUUGGUGGACAAGCCCUAGUCCCUAACGUCGACGGAACUUGGAUGGACCUAACCGAUAACGUAAACCAGAUGGCUGCAAAUUUGACUUCUCAAGUUCGUUCUAUCGCUGAAGUUACAAAAGCAGUUGCUCUCGGAGAUCUUUCUAAAAAAAUUGAAGUUGAAUCCGGUGGUGAAAUUUUGGAGCUUAAAAAUAUUGUCAAUAGUAUGGUCGAUCAACUAAAUGUGUUUGCCUCCGAGGUUACACGUGUAGCCAAGGAAGUAGGUACCGAAGGUAAAUUAGGUGGCCAAGCUGUUGUACCUAAUGUCGGUGGAACCUGGAUGGAUCUCACGGAUAACGUCAAUCAAAUGGCUGCAAAUCUUACCUCACAGGUUCGUUCUAUUGCUGAAGUCACUAAGGCUGUUGCCCUGGGUGACCUUUCCAAAAAGAUCGAGGUCGAAUCUGGUGGAGAAAUUUUAGAGUUGAAAAAUAUCGUAAAUAGCAUGGUAGAUCAGCUUAAUGUGUUUGCAUCCGAGGUAACUCGUGUGGCAAAAGAAGUAGGUACCGAAGGCAAAUUGGGUGGGCAGGCUGUUGUACCCAAUGUUGGAGGAACUUGGAUGGAUUUGACGGAUAAUGUAAACCAGAUGGCUGCGAACCUCACAUCUCAAGUUCGUUCCAUUGCUGAAGUUACCAAAGCCGUUGCUUUGGGUGAUUUGUCCAAAAAGAUCGAGGUCGAAUCUGGCGGUGAAAUUCUCGAGUUGAAAAAUAUUGUUAACAGUAUGGUGGAUCAAUUAAAUGUAUUCGCCUCUGAAGUCACCCGUGUGGCUAAAGAAGUAGGUACUGAGGGUAAACUUGGUGGUCAGGCGCUUGUUCCCAAUGUCGAUGGUACAUGGAUGGAUUUGACUGAUAAUGUCAAUCAAAUGGCUGCUAAUCUUACCUCCCAAGUCCGUUCCAUUGCCGAAGUUACUAAAGCUGUUGCUCUCGGUGACCUUUCCAAGAAAAUCGAGGUAGAAUCUGGUGGAGAAAUUCUUGAAUUGAAGAAUAUCGUCAACAGUAUGGUGGAUCAAUUAAACGUCUUUGCUUCUGAAGUUACUCGUGUUGCGAAAGAAGUUGGCACAGAAGGUAAAUUGGGCGGUCAAGCUGUUGUUCCAAAUGUCGAUGGUACCUGGAUGGAUCUUACGGAUAACGUCAAUCAAAUGGCUGCAAAUCUUACCUCACAGGUUCGUUCUAUUGCUGAAGUCACUAAGGCUGUUGCCCUGGGUGACCUUUCCAAGAAAAUCGAGGUAGAAUCUGGUGGAGAAAUCCUUGAGUUGAAAAACAUUGUUAAUAGUAUGGUGGAUCAAUUAAACGUGUUUGCUUCUGAAGUAACUCGUGUUGCAAAGGAAGUAGGCACAGAAGGUAAACUUGGUGGUCAGGCUUCAGUCCCCAACAUUGAUGGUACCUGGAUGGACUUGACGGAUAAUGUUAAUCAAAUGGCCGCCAAUCUUACGUCCCAAGUACGUUCUAUUGCUGAGGUAACAAAAGCUGUUGCUUUGGGCGACUUGUCCAAGAAGAUCGAAGUCGAGUCUGGUGGCGAAAUUUUGGAACUUAAAAACAUUGUAAAUGACAUGGUGGAUCAACUCCGUGUGUUCGCCUCAGAAGUAACCCGUGUAGCUAAAGAGGUCGGCACUGAAGGUAAACUUGGUGGCCAGGCUGUCGUAAAAGGUGUAGCUGGUACAUGGAAUGAAUUGACAGACAAUGUAAACAUCAUGGCUGCAAAUCUAACUACCCAAGUAAGAUCUAUCGCAGAAGUAACAAAGGCUGUAGCUAGUGGUGAUAUGAGCAAAAAGAUUCAUGUUGAAACUCGGGGUGAGAUUUUGGAACUUAAAAUUACGGUCAACAGUAUGGUGGAUCAGUUAAGAGUCUUCGCUUCGGAGGUUACUCGUGUCGCCCGCGAAGUCGGCACAGAGGGUAAGCUGGGUGGCCAAGCAACAAUUAUUGGUGUCGAUGGUACCUGGAAGGAUUUGACAGACAAUGUGAACCUUAUGGCCAGUAAUUUAACCGACCAAUUGCGUUCUAUUGCCGCUGUCUGUAAAGCUGUGGCACAAGGUGAUUUAUCCAAGAAGAUUGAAGUUGAGGUGCAUGGCGAAAUUGCAGAGCUGAAAAAUACAAUCAAUACCAUGGUGGACCAGUUAAGUUCUUUUGCUUCCGAGGUUACACGUGUUGCUAUGGAGGUCGGUACUGAAGGUAAACUAGGUGUUCAAGCACAGGUCAAGGAUAUUGAAGGUUUAUGGCGUGAUAUUACCAGCAAUGUUAAUACGAUGGCUUCUAAUUUAACAACGCAAGUACGUGCUUUUGCUCAAAUUUCUGCUGCUGCGACCGAAAAUGAUUUCUCAAAGCUUAUCACCGUUGAAGCAUCUGGUGAAAUGGACUCUCUUAAAACCAAGAUUAAUCAAAUGGUCAGUUCUUUGCGUGAUGCUAUCCAUAAAAACAGACAGGCCAGAGAAGCCGCUGAGUUAGCGAACAGAUCAAAGAGUGAGUUCCUGGCUAAUAUGAGUCACGAAAUUCGUACCCCAAUGAAUGGUAUUAUCGGUAUGACCUCUUUAACCUUGGAAACCGAAUUAACACGUCAGCAACGAGAAAACUUGAUGAUUGUAUCCAGUCUCGCCAAUAGUUUGUUGAGUAUUAUUGAUGAUAUUUUGGAUAUUUCAAAGAUUGAAGCUGGUCGUAUGACAAUUGAAUCUAUUCCUUUCUCACUUCGUUCCGCCAUUUUCAGUGUACUCAAGACGUUGGCCGUAAAGGCUAAUCAAAAGAAACUCGAUUUAAUUUAUAAUGUGGACAGUGCUAUUCCUGAUCAAUUGAUUGGCGAUCCACUUCGUUUGAGACAAGUUAUUACUAAUUUAAUCGGUAACGCUGUCAAAUUUACUACUACUGGCGAAGUAGCAUUGGAAACCAAGGUUGUUGGUAUUGAAGGCGAUGAUGUCGUUGUCAAGCUUUGUGUCCGUGAUACUGGUAUCGGUAUUCAAGAGGAUAAACUCAAUGUUAUUUUUGAUACUUUCUGUCAGGCCGAUGGAUCUACUACUCGUGAAUAUGGUGGUACCGGCCUCGGAUUGUCUAUCUCCAAACAUUUAGUUCAAUUAAUGGGUGGUGAUCUCUGGGUUGAUUCUAAGUAUGGUCGCGGAUCACAGUUUUAUUUUACUCUUAAUUUCAAGAGAUAUCCUAUGGAACAACAGGAUGCAUUAGAAAAGAUGAAACGAUUCAGAAACCGAAACAUUUUAUUUUUGGACAAAUCAGGUGGUCAAGUCGAAGUAGAAUCUAAAAUCAGAGAACUCGGCCUGAAUCCCUUCAGGGUCAGCACCAUUGCUGAGAUCGUCAACAUGACAAAUAUUAGUACAUCUGAACAAACCAAGAUUAGCAAGCAGCCUCCUAUUUUUGAUACUGUGAUUGUUGAUAACAUGGCGUACGCUGAAAAAAUCCGUGAGGCUGUUCAUUUGCGAUACACACCUAUUAUUUUGAUUGCCCCUGAAAUCCAUCGUUUGAACAUGAAACUGUGUAUCGAUCUGGGUAUCACUGGUUAUAUCAACACGCCUGUCAGUUUAUCUGACCUUGCACAUACACUUUUACCUGCAUUGGAAAGUCAUUCUUCAUUACCUAGUGAUUCAGCAAUUCCAGUCCCCCUCGAAAUUCUGUUAGCUGAAGAUAAUAUCGUCAACCAAAAGUUGGCUGUCCGUAUUCUCGAAAAGUUUGGUCACAAAGUGGAGAUUGUAUCAAAUGGUAAGCUUGCUGUAGAAGCUUUUGAAAAUCGUACGUUCGAUUUAAUUUUGAUGGAUGUACAAAUGCCCAUCAUGGGUGGUUUCGAAGCGACGCAGAAGAUUCGUGAUAUUGAGCAUAGUUCAGGAACAGGCACGCAUACCCCAAUUAUUGCACUGACAGCUCACGCCAUGAUUGGCGAUCGUGAAAAGUGCUUAAGAUCCGGAAUGGAUGAAUAUGUUACCAAACCUUUGAGGUUCCCCGAGUUAAUCGCAGCCAUCAAAAAAUUUGCACCCCAAUCUGCACACGCCAUGCUUAUGAAUAAGCCUAACAAGAAGCGUUAGCCUUUAUAGAUACUAUGCCUUAUUCAUAUAUACACAUUAUAAUUUCGGUAACAUUUAAUAAAAUAACUUCCUAAUAUUUUACGCUCGUUUAACUACAGUUUAUAUACCUACGCUUAAAUCAGACUAAUCUUUCAGACAUUAGCGUUAAACUUCGAAUAAAAAAAAAA